CGAACCAAAUACUAAGCUCAAAUACAAAAGCCUAUUUUCUUCCGACCACCGUCAUCCAUGGCACCGGUUGCCGCCGCUGCGGCGGUCUUUACGAAAUUCCUCAUCUUUCUUUUCAUCUCCAUCACUGUGAAUUCGACUGUUAUACCAAUAACCGACAUGAAUCUUUUAGAGUUCCCUUUAAAUCUAGAGUAUUUCGAGGCCGAAUACUUCCUAUUCGGAUCCAUGGGUAAGGGUUUAGACGCCAUACAACCCGCUCUAGCUGCUGGCGGGCCGCCACCCAUUGGCGCAAAACAAGCCAAUCUCAGUCCUCUUGUCAAAGACAUCAUAACUCAAUUCGGUUAUCAAGAAGUUGGCCACAUAAGGGCAAUCAAGAAGAGGGUACCAGGAUUUCCUAGGCCACUGUUGAAUCUAAGUGCAGAAGCAUUUGGGACUGUUAUUAAUGCUGCAUUUGGGAUGCCUUUAUCUCCACCCUUCGAUCCUUAUGCUAAUGACAUCAACUAUCUUAUUUCGUGCUACAUCAUCCCUUACGUCGGUCUCACCGGCUACGUCGGAGCAAAUCCGAAACUAGAGAGCCCAGUUUCAAAAGAGCUUGUAGCGGGCUUAUUGGGAGUGGAAUCAGGUCAAGAUGCAGUUAUUAGAAGCCUCCUUUACGAACGCGCAAAUGAAAAAGUGGUUCCAUACAAGACAACCGUAGGUGAAUUCACAGUCAAAAUAUCGCAACUACGAAACAAAUUGGGCAAUGACGGUUUAAAGGAUGAAGGGCUUAAGGUGCCAAUCGAGCUUGGGGCUGAAAAGAAGAUACAAGGUAACGUGUUAGCCGCUGAUGAAGAUUCACUGUCAUAUGGUCGAACACCAGAAGAAAUACUAAGGAUAGUGUAUGGAACCGGUGACGAAAAAUCCCCGGGCGGGUUUUACCCGAAAGGGGGUGAUGGGGUUAUCGCGAAACGCUAUUUAACGCGUUGAGAAAUCUACAUGAUGUCAUAAAUGCGAACUAUUUUAGUCUUGCCUUAAUACUUAUGGGUUUUAUGGUUU